UGGCUACGGCCCCCCCCCCACACCAGGGCUCCCCCAUCUCCCCCAGACAUCAGUCCAUCGGUCUUCCAGCUGCCGCAGCCGUGCCUUCACCGCUUCGGCAUCCAGCCUCCCCUGCUGCAGCCCGGCAUGGCGACCCCAACCCAGGCCCCCACCAAGGUUCCUCAGGAACCUGACCCAUUUCACUAUGACUAUGACACUGUGCAGACCGUGGGCAUGACUCUCGCCACCAUAUUGUUCCUGCUGGGCAUCCUCAUCAUCAUCAGCAAGAAGGUGAAGUGCAGGAAGGCGGACUCCAGGUCUGAGAGCCCAACAUGCAAGUCCUGUAAGUCGGAGCUUCCCUCCUCAGCCCCAGGAGGUGGCGGUGUGUAAAGCCAGCCUCGGCACCUCCACUGCUGUCCCUGCCUGAGUGUGGGAGCCCGAGGACCGGGUGGAGGUGGUGGGGACCCCAGCUUUGCGCUGCUGGGAGCGCUCCCCGGAAUGAGCCGCCCCACCCACCCCGAGGCUGGAGCCGCUGCACCCUGCUGCCCCUCCCAAGGCCUUGGCAAUGACGACCCCCUAAAGAGCCUAUCUGCAUCCCAGAUACAGGGACUCUGGUCUCCAGCUCUUGGAGUCCGAGAGCCCAACCCCUGUCCCUCCGAGUUCCCGGGUACUGCCCCCCUGAACCUCCUCGUCUCCUCCCCAAAGAUUCGUUCUCCUGCACCCUCGGUGUCUGUGUCUUGAGCUUAAUAAAUGUGCAUUUGGUUUUUC